CCCCCACCCCACACACACACACACACAAUCUGCCCAAUCCUCGUGUUGUAUUGUGUCAUCUGCUUCUUGACUUCUGCGCACCUAUAUAAGUACAAGUCUAACUCUUGUGCCAUUGUUAACAAGUACAAGUACAGAAGGAAGCAAAAUCAAGGACAAGAACCGGUACUACUAAGCUGUUCUUGCAAGAAGCUACGAGAAGGGCAUCAAGCGCGGGCCGCGUGGCGUUGCUUCUGCUACCUUCCCUCCCAACCGAAGUCCAAACCGAGAAAUCCUUCCAAAAUCUCUCUUACUCCUCUCUCAAUUCGGCAUCGGCUAGCGCUACGUGGGUUCAGCGAAGGUGGCGACUUGCACGACGCUCGGCAGUUGGCAGUUUGGCACCGUGACGCGCGCGUGAGCGGCAGGCAGAGAGGGCCCCAAAGGACGGCGGCGGGAAUGGACGCAGAGAGCGGCGGCGGCAGCGGCGGCUGGAGGGCGGCGCGCAGGAAGCCAUGGCGCGCGGAGCUGUUGCUGGCGUACCAGAGCCUCGGGGUGGUGUACGGCGACGUGGCGACGGCGCCGCUAUACGUGUUCAAGAGCGCCUUCGGCGGGGGCGACAUCGAGCAUUCGGUGGGGAACGAGGAGAUCUACGGCGCGCUCUCCCUCGUGUUCUGGACGUUGACCCUCGUCCCGCUCCUCAAGUACGUGCUCCUCGUGCUCCGCGCCGACGACCACGGCGAGGGCGGCACCUUCGCGCUCUACUCGCUCAUCUGCCGCCGCGUCCGCGCGGGGCUCCUCCCCGGCGGCGACGAGCUCGCGGAAGGCGCGUCGCAAGCGCCGGCGCCCCUGUCGCGCGCGCGCGCCGCGCUGGAACGGCACAGGGUCCUGCAGAGGCUGCUCCUGCUGCUCGCUCUGCUCGGCACGUGCAUGGUCAUCGGCGACGGCGUGCUCACCCCUGCUGUCUCUGUCUUCUCGGCGGUUUCUGGGCUCGAGCUCUCUGUGGACAAUGAGCAGCAUGAAUAUAUAUUGCUACCAGUAACAUGCGCGAUACUGGUGGGUUUGUUCACCUUGCAACAUUAUGGUACACACAGGGUUGGCUUUCUUUUCGCGCCUAUUGUUUGCUUGUGGCUUCUCUGCAUCAGCAUCAUUGGUGUCUACAACAUCAUCCAUUGGAAUCCCCAUGUGUACCGAGCUCUUUCGCCAUACUACAUGUACAAAUUUCUCCAGAAGACUCAAACAGGUGGCUGGAAGUCACUGGGUGGGAUCCUUCUAUGCGUGACUGGCUCUGAAGCUAUGUAUGCGGACCUUGGGCAUUUCUCGCAUUCUUCUAUCAAGAUAGCUUUCACCUCUGUAGUUUACCCUGCUCUGGUACUGGCAUAUAUGGGACAAGCUGCUUACAUUUCAAGCCAUCACAGUUUUGAGAAUGUCAAUCAUAUUGGAUUCUACGUAUCAGUGCCAGAAAAAUUCAGAUGGCCUGUUCUGGUGAUUGCAAUACUUGCAGCCGUUGUUGGGAGCCAAGCAGUUAUCACUGGCACAUUUUCAAUUAUCAAGCAAUGCUGUUCCUUAAAUUGUUUUCCCAGGGUCAAGAUUGUGCACACAUCCUCUACAGUACAUGGCCAGAUAUACAUACCAGAGAUCAACUGGAUCUUGAUGAUACUAUGCCUGGCCAUUACUGUGGGCUUCAGAGAUACAAAGCACUUGACAAAUGCACAAGGUCUGGCGAUCAUAACUGUUAUGCUUGUCACAACUUGCUUGAUGUCACUGGUUAUAGUUCUUUGCUGGGACAAGAACAUAGUCUUUGCUCUUGGAUUCCUUUUUUUCUUUGGUGCCAUUGAAGUUCUUUAUUUCUCAGCAGCCCUUGUGAAAUUUCGUGAAGGGGCUUGGGUACCCAUCACCCUUUCCUUUAUUUUCAUGCUGGUGAUGUGUGUGUGGCACUAUGGUACCAUAAAGAAGUACGAGUUUGAUGUCGAAAACAAGGUGUCUAUAAGUUGGCUCUUGAAUCUUGGCCCUUCCUUGGGGAUUGUUCGGGUUCGAGGAAUUGGUCUGAUACAUACAGAUCUUGUAUCUGGGAUUCCAGCCAUUUUCUCUCACUUCGUCACCAAUCUGCCUGCGUUUCAUCAGGUUCUGGUCUUUCUUUGCAUUAAAUCAGUACAUGUACCACAUAUCCAACCUGAGGACCGAUUUUUGGUUGGCCGCAUUGGCCCAAAACAGUAUCGUCUGUACAGAGUGGUUGUCCGAUACGGAUAUCGCGAUGUACCAAAGGAUGACAUAGAGUUCGAGAAGGACCUGGUCUGCAGCAUUGCAGAAUUCAUCCGCUGUAGCGGUUCUGAUGAGAAAAAUGGCUUUCUGGAUGGUGCAGCAGACCUUUCCUAUGAGAGGCUGUCUUCCAUCAGCAGUGGUCUGCCAUUUCAAGAGGAGGGCAGUGAGCUCUAUGAAUCAGAUUCACCAAGAUCAUCCACAGAUAAGGAGAUAAACCAGAAUGCAAUAGCGCCAAAGGCAAAGAGGGUAAGGUUUGUGCUCCCAAAGAACACACGGGUAGACCACGAGGUGUGCGCUGAGCUCCAUGAGUUGACAGAUGCUAGAGAGGCAGGCAUGUCGUUCAUCAUGGCGCGCGCGUACAUGAAGGCCAAAAGCGGGUCUGGUCUGAUAAAGCGGGUUGCUAUAAACUUCGUUUACGAGUUCCUGAGACGGAACAGCAGAGGUUCCGUCUGUGCAGCUAACAUACCUCAUGCUUCGACCCUGGAAGUAGGGAUGGUUUGCCAGGUCUGAUAUCAUAGUCACUGCCACGCUCCGCUGUUCAUGUAUAUUUCUGUGCAUAUAUGUAUAUCCUAACGAAAAGAGGUAGAGGGGACUUGGCCAAAUAGUUCAGAUCAUAAAGUGUCCACAGUUUGCUCUGCAAUGUCUUGUGUUGAGCUGAUCUUUCUUUCGGUUUUUUCGUCUGUUGCUACCACUAUCGGCGUUGUAUAUUGGUCGGAGAGUGUAGGAGGAAUACGGAACGAGAGAGCGUUUUUUGUGCACGA